AUGGCGGCUAUGAAACAAAGGGGAGCACCGCAACCCAACUAUGUUCUAAAUUUUCCUCCUCCUAUGCCUCUAAAUGCUCGAGACAACUCCACCUCGAAAGUGAUGGAAAGAUUCAAGAAGCUUCAACCAUCCUUGUUCUCUAAUAUCAGCUCAAACCCACUACAACCCAAGCGAUGGAUAUGCGCCAUGGAAAGAACUUUUGAGGUAUUGGAAUGCACGGAUGCUCAAAAGCUGAUCUGUGCUGGUUUUCAACUACAAGACGAGGCCGCGGCUUGGUGGAAAUCAACCAAGCCUAAUCUGGAAGUGACUCAUCCCAAUCCCACUUGGGAACAGUUUAAGGAAGCCUUCUUCAGAAACUUCUUUCCAGAAAGCUUCAGGGAUGAGAAGGAAGCGGAGUAUGUAGCUCUCACCCAAGGAUCAAGAUUAGUCUUGGACUAUCAACAACAGUUCAAGGACUUAUUUCACUUUGCUCCUGAGUACUUGAGGAAUGAUGCUUGGAAAUCAAAGAAGUUUGAGAAGGGGCUUAAGCCCGAGAUUAGUGACAUGUUGGCCAUUCUAGAUAUACAGUCUUAUGCUCAGAUGGUUCAAAAGGCGAAGUUAUGGAAGAUCGGUUGA